AUGGACACCCUCACCAAGAAGACCAUCACCACCAAGCGUGGCUUCGAGUACACGUACUAUGUCUCCCCCGCCGCAGCCGGGAAGCCAACCCUUCUCCUGCACCACGGUUUCCCAGACCAGGCUGAAGAGUGGGAGGACCUCAUCGUCAAGCACCUGAAGCCCGCCGGCUACGGCGUCAUAGCGCCGGACCUUCUCGGAUACGGCGGGACGUCGAAGCCGACCGACCUGGCCGCCUACAAGUUCCGUGGCAUGACCGCCGAUGUCGUCGAGAUUGUCGACGCCGAGAAGGUCGACAAGGUCGUCUCCCUGGGCCACGACUGGGGCUCCCGCGCCGCCCAGAUGUUCUUCAACCUGCACCCCGAGAGGGUGUCGGGCCUCGUCAUGGUCAACUUGGCAUGGUCGGGCGCGAACAAGGGUCCCUUUGAUCUUGAUGCGGUACUGGCCCAGACAGAGCAGGUCUUUGGCUACGGCCUGUUUUGGUAUUGGAAGCUAUUUACUGCGGACGACGGGGCGAAGGUGCUAAACGAGAACUCGGAUAUCCUUUUCGACAUUGCACACUCGCCGGAGGUGUGGAAAGCGACAUUCUGCACCAAAGACGGAAUGCGCAACGCGCUGGUGAACAGAGGCGAGGGUUUCGACAUCAAACGGCAUCCGUAUGCCACCGAGGAGGCCAAGAAGGCCUUCAUCGAGCGCUUCAAGCGGGACGGUUUCGACGGCCCCGUGUGCUGUGAGCUACUUUCCUCCACCUUCAAGGGCCGGCAUUGCAACCUGCCAAAUAACAGCGUUGCCGAGAGGUACAAGAGCCAGGCUUUUGGCCAACAGAGUGAGGAGGCAAACCCCGACAACCAGGUCGUGAACGUCCCUUCGCUUUUCCUUGGGUAUGAGGGAGAUGUUGUCUGCAGGAAGGAGAGCAUACUGCCCUUUGUCGAGGCCGGCGCGCUACCGCAACUGACGAAUGUCACCCUGGAGGGUGGUCACUGGGGAUUGCUGGAAUUCCCAAAGGAGUUCGGGGAGAGUGUCACUCAGUGGCUUCAGAAGAGCUAUGACACAUAG